AUGUCUAUUUCUUCUGCUACCGCUAAACAGUACGAGGAGGAGUACUCCGCUCACAACUACCACCCUCUCCCAGUGGUGUUCCAAAAGGCUAAAGGUGCCCACGUUUGGGACCCUGAGGGUAAGGAGUACUUGGACUUUCUUUCUGCCUACUCGGCCGUGAACCAGGGCCAUUGCCACCCAAAGAUCAUUGAGGCUUUGGUCGACCAGGCCAACACGUUGACCUUGUGCUCUAGAGCUUUUUCGUCUGAUGUGUUUGGCCAGUUUGCCAAGUACAUCACGGAGUUUUUCAACUACGAGAUGGUGUUGCCAAUGAACACCGGUGCCGAGGCCGUGGAGACUGCUCUUAAAUUGGCCAGAAGAUGGGGUUACGUCAAGAAGGGCAUCAAGGAAGAUGAGGCCAUUGUCUUGUCUGCGGUUGACAAUUUCCACGGCAGAACCUUGGGUGUCAUUUCCAUGUCUACCGACUCCGAGGCCACUACCAACUUCGGUCCAUACUUGAACGGUGUCGGUCCUCAGAUCCCAGGUGAGCCAAAGGGCUCUUUGUUGAGAUACGGUGUCAUUGAGGAUGUCGAGAAGGCUUUCGCCAAUGCUGGUGACAAGAUCGCUGCUAUCUUGUUGGAGCCAAUUCAGGGUGAGGCCGGUAUUGUCGUUCCUCCAGCUGACUACUUCACCAGAGUGCAAGAGCUCUGUAAGAAGCACAAUGUCUUGUUGAUCUGUGACGAGAUCCAGACCGGUGUUGCCAGAACCGGUAAGAUGUUGUGCUACGAGCACUACAAGAACGUCAAGCCAGAUGUUAUCCUCUUGGGUAAGGCCAUUUCCGGUGGUGUUUACCCAGUUUCCGCUGUCUUGUCUUCUAAGGACAUCAUGCUGACCAUUACCCCAGGUUCUCACGGCUCCACUUACGGUGGUAACCCAUUGGCCUGCCGUGUCGCCAUGGCUGCUUUGGAGGUUGUCAAGGAUGAGAACUUGGUUGAAAGAUCAAACACCUUGGGUGAGCUUUUGCGCAACAAGUUGGAGGAGUUGAAGUCCCAGUCCGAUGGCAUCAUUGCUGAGGUCAGAGGUAAGGGCUUGAUGGCUGCCAUUGUCAUUGACGACGCUAAGACCAACGGCAGGACCGCUUGGGACCUCUGCUUGCUCAUGAAGGACCAGGGUGUUUUGGCUAAGCCAACCCACGACAACAUCAUCAGAUUGGCUCCUCCAUUGGUUAUUUCUGAGGAGGACUUGCUCAAGGGUGUUGAAGGUAUCAAGGCUGCUUUGGUUAAGUUGCCAAACGCUCCAAAGGCUGCUCACUAA